AGAAAACUAGGUCGACACAGGCGGACGCAGAACGAGUAUCAGAAGUGAAAGAACGAUGCAGAUUCUUAAAACAAAGGCUGGGUUCGACGAGGCUCUGGCAUCCAAUUCAGGCUUGGUCGUCGUCGACUUCUCGGCUGACUGGUGUGGUCCGUGCAGAGUGAUAAAACCUACACUUGAGACGAUGGAGAAGAAAUACCCAAACGUUGCGUUCUUCAUGGUCAAUGUGGACGAAAAUUCGGAAACUGCCGAGAAGUGCGACAUUCAAGGUUUGCCGACGUUCAAGUUUUACAAGAACGGAACAGAAGUGGACACACUGGUUGGUGCAAGCGAAAGUUUUCUCGAGGACAAGAUAAAGCGCAACCAGUAACCUGUAAUUUCGGUGAAUAAAGCUGUCUUCUGAAACUGA